AGACACACCCAAGUUAACUCACUCUCUCUCACCAGCCCUAAACUACCCUUUUGAAAUACUAUCUUUAACCUUUUUUUUAUUUCUUUUAGUUUCUAUGGCGAUGGGGAAGAUGCCGUCCGAUCCUCUCGUGGUUGGAGGAGUAGUCGGAGAUGUUGUCGAUGCAAUUUCUCCUACGGUUAAGAUGACCGUCACUUACCAUUCAAACAAGAAGGUGUGCAAUGGGCAUGAGUUGCUUCCAAAUUUUGUAACCCUAAAACCUAAGGUUGAGGUUCUUGGAGGUGACCUUAGAUCAUUCUUCACACUGGUCAUGACUGAUCCAGAUGUUCCUGGUCCAAGUGAUCCUUACUUGAGAGAACACCUCCACUGGAUAGUUACAGACAUUCCAGGGACGACGGAUGCCACUUUUGGAAAAGAGAUAGUAAAAUAUGAAGAACCAAGUCCAAACAUAGGGAUACACAGAUAUGUGUUCCUAUUGUACAAGCAAAAAAGAAGACAAACAGUGAAGCCGCCACCACACCCUUCAAGAGAUGGUUUUAAUUCAAGAAAAUUUGCUCUUGAUAAUCAUCUUUCUCUUCCUGUUGCUGCUGUCUAUUUCAUUGCUCAAAGGCCUACUGCUGCCAGAAGAAGAUAACACACACACACAUGUAUAUAUUCAACC